AUGUUCCGCACACUUAAGGAGUUUGUGCGAGCGCUAAGGGAUAUCAUAAAGAUCCAACAAACUGUGGUGGAGGAAUGCCAGAUUUUGCAUCGGGACUGUAGCCUCAACAAUGCGAUGAUCCUAGACGACCUUUGCGGUAGUGAAGGCUUUCUUAUUGACUGGGAGUUCACGGUUCGCAUUACCGCGGAUAACAAAUAUCCCAUCGGUGGUACAGGCACAGUCCCUUUCAUGUCACGCGGGCUUCUCAACCAGGUCGCAAUCCUGCAGCAACAGGCGAACUCGCAAUCGCAAUCGGCGAAGAAGCCGAUAACCCCGAAAUCAUCCUCUGAUUCUUCGGCUCUGCCGAUAUCAUUUGUUGUUCAAGGUUACGCGGAUGACCUGGAGUCCCUUUUUUUGUGUUCGCUUGGGUUUGCAUCAAGUUCAGCGGUCCCAACGGCAUGCCUUGACUUGGCAUCAUGCGCCGCUUUCAAGAUCACCUUUUUCGCGAAUCCAGCAGAUGAAAAGUGUCUUACUGACGAAUUUCACCCGUACUUCAAGGACCUGAUCCCCCUCGCAACACAGUGGCAUAGAGCUUUGGUGGACAACAUGAUCCACCCCGUCACCUUCAGUACCAUUCUUGGUAUACUCAACUCGCAUCUUGACAAGCUCUCCAAUGACGAGGAGCUCGCAUCUACUAUGAGCAUGCUCAGGGGUGAUGCUGUCAUUCCCUACUAG